GUCUGACAGAAACUUUCUCAGAGUAAAAUUGUUUAUGAUACUCUAGCUUUCCAAUAACAGAAUAAAAAAUCAUUUUUAACUAAUAGUUUCACGUAAUUUUAUCCUUUCGUCAAAUUAAUUAUGAAUCGCAAAUCAUCAUGAAUACAUUCCAACUUCGAUAAUUUCAUCAACAUUAUCAAUGAGAAAUCAUCUAGAUAAAAUCAUAUCUAAAUAAUACGAAUAUAUUUGGCCGAAUGAAAAUUUUUAGUCGAAUUACUAUAUUGAAAAAUAUUUUUAUCAUCAACUCGAACUAUUAUUUCUUUGGCUUAAGGAAAGUUGCGUCCAAAGUUACUCUAGCCAUGGAUAAUAAAUCAUCUAAAAAGGUUUUGGAACGAUUUGAUAAUAUAACCAAAUCUAAAGAAGAUAAAAGACUUUAUAGAGGUCUUGUUUUAUCAAAUAAACUCAAAGUGCUGCUUGUAAGCGAUUCUAGUACUGAUAAGUCUGCAGCUGCUAUGGAUGUGAAUGUUGGUUAUAUGAGUGAUCCCAAAAACAUCCUUGGCUUAGCUCACUUUUGCGAGCAUAUGCUUUUCUUAGGCACUGAAAAAUAUCCAAACGAAAAUGAUUAUAACAAGUUUUUGAGUGAACAUGGGGGCAGUAGUAAUGCAGCAACAUAUCCCGAUCAUACAAUUUACUACUUUGAUGUUGUGCCAGAGCAUUUGUCUAGUGCUCUUGAUAGAUUUGCACAAUUUUUUAUUGCACCAUUAUUCACAGAAAGUGCUACUGAUAAAGAGCUAAAUGCUGUUAAUUCAGAACAUGACAAAAAUGUUCAAAGUGACCUUUGGAGAUUGGAUCAGUUGGAUAAGCACCUCUCUGAUCCGGAUCAUCCUUAUCAUACAUUCGGCACAGGGAACCGAGAUACAUUAGAUGUAAUACCUAAAAGCGAAGGAAUCAACGUCAGAGAAGAGCUCUUAAACUUUCAUAAAAGAUGGUAUUCCUCCAAUUUGAUGUGUUUAUCUAUAUUGGGCAAAGAGAGUUUGGAUGAACUUGAAGCAACAGUAUUAGAAUUAUUUGACAAUGUGGAAAAUAGAAAUGCUCCUCUCCCUAUUUGGGGUGAUGCUCCUUUUAAUGAAGAACAUUUUGAAACUUGUACUUAUAUUCAUCCAGUGAAGGAUGUGAGGAAUCUAAACAUAAUAUUUCCUUGUAAGGAUUAUAGACAUGAAUAUAAAGCAGCACCUAUUCAUUACACUAGCCAUCUUAUGGGACAUGAAGGUCCUGGAAGUAUUUUAUCAGCUCUAAAAUCAAGAGGUUGGUCAAAUAGCUUGGUAGCAGGAGCUCGUCCUACUCCUAGGGGAUUUGGUUUCUUCACUAUAGCUGUAGAUCUUACAGAGGAAGGAAUGAACCACACAGAUGAAAUCAUUAAAUUAGUAUUUCAAUAUAUAAAUAUGCUGAAACAUAACGGUCCCCUGAAGUGGGUUCACGAGGAAAAUAAAAAUAUAGGUGAAAUGACAUUCAGGUUCAAGGAUAAAGAGUCACCAAGAGGGUACAUCUCAUCUCUAGUUCACUAUUUACAGGAUUAUCCUAUGGAAGACAUUCUUUCUUGCAAUUUAAUAAUAACAGAAUGGAAACCGGAAGAAAUAGAAGAAAUUUGGAAAGAUUUGGUUCCAAGCAAAAUAAGGGUUGCCAUUGUAGCAAAAAAGUUCAAUGAAGAAUUGGAUAGCGUUGAACCUUGGUAUGGUACAAAAUAUAAAACUGUCAAAAUCGAUAAAGAAAUUUUGGAUGAGUGGGAAAAUGCAGGUUUAUGUGAUGAAUUGAAAUUACCAGAAAAAAAUGAAUUCAUUCCAAGCAACUUCAAAUUGUUUCCUCUUGAUGAUGUUUCAGAGCAUCCAAUAAUCAUAAAGGAUACAGCAUUAACAAGGGUUUGGUUCAAACAAGAUGAUGUUUAUAAACUACCAAAAGCUAACUUGAUGUUCGACUUUGUAAGUCCCUUGGCUUAUUUGGAUCCUUUGAAUUGCAAUUUAACACAUAUGCUAGUGCAGUUAUUCAGAGAUUCCUUGAAUGAAUACGCAUAUUCUGCUGAAGUUGCUGGGCUUAAAUAUGAAUUAAUAAAUACUAAAUAUGGUCUUAUUUUAGCCAUUGAAGGAUAUAAUGAUAAACAAUAUAUAUUAUUGGAAAAAAUCAUUGAAAGAUUGACAUCAUUCAAAGUUAAUCCAAAGAGGUUCGAAAUAUACAAAGAAAAUUACAUAAGAAAUUUGAAAAAUUUCAAUGCUGAGCAGCCUUAUCAACAUGCAGUAUACUACUUGGCGGUUCUGUUAACUGAACAUUCUUGGACUAAACAGGAACUUCUUGCUGCAACCGAACAGUUAACUAUCGAGAGGUUAGAAGCUUUCAUUCCACAAAUUCUAUCAAAAAUGCAUAUUGAAUGUCUAAUUCAUGGAAAUGCAAAUAAAAUUAAAGCAUUGGAGAUGGUUAAUAUUGUUGAAGAACAAUUAAGAAAUCAAUUCAAGAUGUGCCCCUUAUUACCACGGCAGCUGUUACUGAACAGAGAAUUGAAAUUGGAAAAAGGAUGUUAUUAUCUUUAUGAUGUCCAAAAUGACAUCCAUAAACCAUCCUGCAUUGAAUUGUAUUAUCAGUGUGGAAUGCAGUCUACACAAACAAAUAUGAAGCUGGAAUUGUUUUCAAAAAUUAUACAAGAACCAUGUUUCAAUAUAUUGAGAACAAAGCAACAAUUGGGUUAUAUUGUCUUUAGUGGUAUCAGAAGAUCAAAUGGUGUACUAGGUCUACGCAUAAUUGUACAAUCUGAUAAACACCCUGCUUAUUUGGACGAAAGGAUAGAAGAAUUUUUGUCAUCCAUGAAAACAUACCUUAUUUCAAUGGAGGAAGACGAAUUUAUAAGACAUCAAGACGCAUUGGCCGCCCAAAGAUUAGAAAAGCCGAAACAACUCGCUUCACAAACUAAUCUCUAUUGGUCUGAAAUCACCGCCCAGCAGUAUCACUUCAAUAGGACAGAAAUUGAAGUGGCUUAUCUUAGAACACUGAAAAAAAAAGAUAUCAUCGACUUUUACGAGGAGUUCUUGGAAGAAAAUGCCAAAUGUAGAAGGAAGUUAUCUGUGCAAGUCGUUUCUAUGGCAGAAGGAGGUGCAGGCAGAAUCGCUGAAAAGGAAAAUGAAUCUGAUGUAGAAAAUGUGAAAAAGCCUUCGAUAAUACAGGAUAUCACUAUAUUUAAGAGCUGUCACGAGAUGUACCCAUUAGUUCAGCCUUAUAUAAGUAUUCCAAGAAAAGGAAAUAAAUGUAAACUAUGAGAAUAAUACAUUUAGCCAAUGACACUUUUGGAUGAGUUUGAGUGAAACAUAUUUGAUUAGUAGUUCUUCGGAUAAGAUGUUUUUGGAAUUCACUGUUCACUUUGAUUUUUAAUAAUCACCUUCAAAUGAA